AUGUCCUUCGCUUCAUCUCCGGAACGGCUACUUAAGAGAAGACAUUCCCCGCAGAACCAAAAGAAAGACUGGACUCUCGCCUCACCUUUGACUUAUGGCAUCAUCGACUUGCUUUUCAUCCUAAUCUCAUCCACUGAAAGGGGGGGCCGGUGCUGCUUUUGCCCUUGCGCGGCCAUUAUCUCAAGCUUAAAAGCAAAUCGUAGCUCCCUCUUGUUAACUGGACUUUUAGAGGAAGAAUUGAACAAAAAGAGAAGGAAAGACUUCGAAGUUGAACCGAUAAAAGCAGACGCCGCAAAGGGUGUGAGUGCGAGCCUAUGUGAAUGA